CCGAUCACGAGGCGAUCCCGCCGCAGUCGCGAAUAAUAUCCGUGCCCGUUCGCAUUGAUGCGAUACGGCAAGAAGUCAGUCAGACGCACGUAAAGCGAUGGCCGAUUUUGCUUCGGUUAUGCAAAAAGUGGACAAGCCGCCGUCGCCCGACGCCCGGGUGGUGGGCCUCCAGCAGGACGACCUGAGGCUGUACAAGGCCCGGUGGAUAAUUCUGGUCGUGUACAUGCUUUACUCCAUGGCCAACGCAGUGCACUGGAUACAGUACAGCAUCAUAUCCAACAUCACGGUGAAGUUCUACGGCGUGUCAAACUUCGCCAUAGACACCACGUCCACCAUAUACAUGAUCGUGUACGUGCCCCUGGUCGUACCGGCGUCCUGGGUUCUUGACCGACUGGGUCUUAAAGUGACGAUGGUGAUGGGCGCUGCUGGCACAUGUCUGGGAGCAUGGAUUAAGGUUUUUUCUGCUGUACCUGGUCGAUUUUUGAUCACGCUGCUGGGACAAGGUUUAGUGGCGUGCUCACAAGCAUUCAUCCUGAGUUUGCCUUCCAGAUUAGCGGCGGUUUGGUUUGGAUCUACCGAAGUAUCUACCGCUUGUUCUUUAGGAGUUUUUGGCAACCAGCUAGGAGCAGCACUUGGAUUUUUAAUACCGCCGAUGAUAGUACAGGAUAGCGAUAAUUUAGAAGACAUAGGAUAUGAUCUAUGGAAAAUGUUUAUAUCCUUCGCUAUUUUGAACACUGUAGUAUUCUUUUUAGUUAUUUGGAUCAUACAAGCCGAACCACAUAUAGCCCCAAGUAAUGCACAAGUUGUACAAAGAAAAAAAAGAGAUGACCCGGCAAUAUUACAAGACGUAUUCAUGAGCUCGGUUAAAGAAUUGCUGAAAAACAAUGGUUACAUUUUAUUACUUAUAUCUUACGGUAUUAAUGUCGGUGCAUUUUUUGCGAUAUCAACUUUGCUCAACCAAUUUAUUUUGCUCUAUUUCCCAGGUCACGAAGAAGACGUUGGACGAAUUGGCCUCACAUUAGUACUAUGUGGCCUAGGCGGUUCGAUUAUAUGUGGAUACAUUCUAGAUAAAACACAUCUCUAUAAAGAAACAACCCUGAUGGUUUACGGCAGUACAUUGAUCUCGAUGUUGAUAUAUACGUUCAGCUUGUCGCACGGUCAAUCUAUUUGGAUAAUAUACAUUACGGCUUCGUUAUUGGGGCUGUUCAUGACUGGAUAUCUACCAGUCGGCUACGAAUUAGCCAUCGAAUUGACGUACCCAAUACCCGAAGGCACGUCCAGCGGACUAUUAAACGGCGGCACCCAACUGAUCGGUUUCAUCCUGACGUCGAUUUACAGCUGGGUAUUCAGCACCAUGGGUGAUUUGGCGGCCAACAUGAUGAUUGUCGGGUUGCUGACUUUCGGGUUCUUGUUGACAAUAUUCAUACCGACUGACCUGAAGAGGCAGGCCGCGCAUAAAGCGAUCGACGAAAAACAAAAAUUGGGAUUUGGACUUUGAAUAAUAUAAUAUAUUAUUAUAUAAAUUAUUAUAUUAUACGUAAAAUAUUUUAUUACAAUCAUCGUCGUAUCUUCUAUUGUUACCGGAUUCAUUUAUUGAUGUAUUCUAUUUUUUUUCUAAUUCGUUUUGGUAAUAUUUUAUUAUUAUACUAUUAUUAUACUGUGUACAUAAUAUAUGAUAUAUUAUUAUUAAGAGUCUAUAGCAAAUAAAAAUAUGCAUACAAAUAUACAAACGCGCCCGCGGUCACAGACAACCAUCUCGGUUUCCUGCACCGAAUUCGUGGAAUUUAGAUAAUAUUAAAAUACUGUAGUUUACUAACGUGGGUAUAAUGAAUAAAGCGGUAGACAUAUUUUAUACAGAGCUGGUAUCUACUAUAUAGACUUCGUUUCGUUUUCGGUUGCACUCAUCCUUCCUUUCACUCUGCAUCUUCCUACACGACAGCACUACGACUAUAGUAAAUUAAUAACAUUACAUAUCACAAUACUCGUUUGUACAACCUCUGAUUUAGAAUCAUGAUUUUUAUGCAUAAAAUUACUGUAAUCUUCAAACAUGUUUUUGGUAGUCCGAUAAGAGUGUAAAAGAUUUUUUGUAAACUGGAAAAAUUGAAACCAUAAUGUAAAUAUAAUAUGGUAUUUAAGGCUGUAUAGAGUCGAAUCGUUUCCGGAAAUAUAAAAAUUAAAAUAUA